AUGCCUUGGCUUCCAAGCAGAAAGAAAUCCUUGAUUUUUCUUUUGGGUUUCUUAAUGAUAAUAUCCUUUUUCUGGGCCUUAGUCAUAUAUACAGAAGAAAGUAGCCUACUUCUCCUUUGCUAAUUACAAUAUAUAAGGCAAUAUCUUUUUUUUGGUAAAUCGAUUCCAUUUUUUAUUACAUUAUAAUAAGUUUUAAGAAAAUACUUAUCUAAUUAUUAAUCUAUUUAACAAGCCGCUUUGAAAAUUAGACAAUAAUAUUAUUUUAAUUUAAAUUUAAUUAGUAAAUUAACAUUUUAAAAAUAAAAAAAUAGUAGCUCACAUAGGAAGGGGUAUCUAGAAGACCAAAAAAAUGAUGAUGCUAAAGUAAUAAUCGGAAAUUCAAACAGUCGAGUUAAACCUUCUAAUGUCAAUUCAAAAUCUCAUCCUAGUGCUAAAAAUCAAGACACCGACUCAUUUAAUACAAAUGCAAUAAAGCCACUAAUAUCGUCACCCGAAGUAAAUAUUUUUGAUGAAGGCAUAAAAUGCUUUCCUCAUCUCUCAGGGUACCAAAAAUUCCAAAGUGACUAUCGCUAUAAGUAUCACAAUCGCCAAUUAGCCUGCAAUUAUGACCCUUUAAAAGUUUUUGACAUAAAAAAUAACACCCUGAUAAUGAACUGUAGCAAUGCAGGCCCUGCUCAAUAUUCUUUAGGGAAUAAUCCAAAUUUUGAGAUUCUUGGGAAUGUAAAAUAUAAUCCUGAUUGGAGACCUUAUUUUACAGACCCAAUUGACCUUGAUAAGCAUGAAUAUGGGUUUGUAAAGUGUGGAAAUACGAAAAAACAGGGAUGACUACAUAAUAAAUACUCAUGAGAAGUAUCUGAUAGAGUGAAGGAAAGAACAGAAAAUAUUACUAAAGAAUUAAAUUUAACAGAAACACAAAAGCCUUUAACAGUGCUUGUCUUAAUGGUAGAUGCAGUAUCAAGGCAGCAUUUUUUUAGAAGUAUGGGAAGCACGGUAGAGUUUAUAAGAGAAAAUAUCAUAAAUGGAACGUAUUCGGAUACUUAUAAUGUUUAUGAUUUUUAUAAUGGAAAUUCUCAUGGAGAAAACACUUUACCAAAUUUAGUUCCUUUGCUAUUUGGGCAUUCUUAUUUUGACCAUUUAUUACAAACUCGCUAUCUUUCAUUAAAAAGUGCUGACAGUACAAAUAAAUUUUUAAAAAUCCAAGAAAAAAUUAUCUGAAAAGAUUUUGAAAAAAAUGGAUUUGUUACCAUGUUCGGAUGAGAAACUAGAUGGGACUACUUCGCUGAAAUCGGUGGAAGAAAAAUCCUAUGCGACCACGUAGCUGCUAGCUUUUGGCGUGGGGCUUUAGAAGUUUCAGGAUUUACAGAUUUUAGUGAAAAACAAAGAUGCAUAGGAAAUCACCAUUCUCAUGAAUUUUUAUUUAAUUACACAAAAGAAUUUUUGGAAAAUUAUGAAGGACAUAACAAAUUUGGAUAUGCUCAUUUUUCGUCUGGGCAUGAAAUCACUGGAUCUGUGCUUGAAGCUAUGGAUGCUGAUUUAGCUGAAUUUUUAGAAAAAACUAUGAGGAUUCAUAACGAAAAAAAUGAAGACUUAGCGAUUUUACUUUUAUCAGACCAUGGACUUCAUAUGGGACCAUGGGAUAGAUAUGAAGAAGGAUUAAUCGAAAAUUUGUCUCCAUUUACGAUUUUUAUUGCUAAUAAACAGCUUCUAUCAAAAAUCAAUGAAAAUUCGCAUGAAAUUCUUUUACAUAACACACAAAGGCUAGUAGGAAAAUACGAUGUGUAUCUUACAUUAAAGCAUUUAUCAACAGUGCCAUACGGAAAUGCAAUGCUAAAUUAUAAGGAUUGGAAAAAUGAAAUUAAUUUGACAUCUGUGGUUUCUUUAUUCCAUGAAGAAAUAUUACCAUUUUAUGCUAAAUAAGGCUAUUUUUUUGAUAAAAAAUAAAUAAUUAUUAUCAGAAGUUGCAUUAUAAGUGGGUAUACCAGAUAACCGUACAUGUGAAGAUAUAGGAAUUCCACUAUACUGAUGCAAUUGUUUAAAGUACGAAAAAAUUAAUAUAAAUGACGAAAGCUCACUAGCUCACCAUAUAGCUAUUGAAGCAGUUGGGGCUAUUAAUAGGAAAAAUAUUAAAGAUAAAUCACAAGAAGUAUGCAUGGAAAUUAAGCUUGAAAAAGUUAUAAAAAUUGAAGAAGAGCUUAAGGAAAGCCAAAAAUACUCAGGAAAUAUGUAUAAAGUAUCAUUUUCAAUCAGAGAAAGAUCCGGGGUGGUCUUUACUGCCUUCGCAUAUGUAGCUAAAACCUUUAAAUACAGCAAAGAAGAAAAAGAAAAUGAAAUUUACCCGAUUUCCCAGUUCGAAAGUUUCAGAGUCCAAAUCCAAAAAAUUGUCCGGGCUGAUAAUAAAGAUGAUUUUUGCUGUGAAGUGGCUGAAGUAAUAGGGGCUAAAUGCUCCUUUUGCAUUUGCACACAUCCAAAAGACUAUCAAAUCGCCAAAGUUAUGCCUGCCAAAAAAAAGUCAACUUUAGAAAAAUUAAAAAAAUCUUUGUUUAUUGCUGUAGGGAAUGUCGAUAAAUCCUGUAAUGAGACUUGUGCAUAUUUUAAUAAAAAAUGCGAAAAAUGGGGAUUAUCGUUAGUAAAUAGGCUGGAAAUUCUUAAAGAGCCUUGGAGGGUCCAGUCAAGCUCAAAUAUAUAUAAAGAUAAAGGCUUUAUGGAUUUCAAGAAUUCAAAGGUAGAUAAAACAAAAGAAGGAAAAUUUCCUGGGCUUUUAUUUGAAGAUAAUAAGUAUACUUUUAUCCAAGCAGACUGAGAUAAGCUGAGCUGUGAUGCAAAAAAUGACAAAUAUAUGCCAAUAUGUCCUUGCACUUAUUAUCAUUAUAAUUAA